CGUAAAUCCCUGGAGAAUUGUUCCUCCUCAGUAUUUAUACAGAGGCGUGAACGCCAGAGAAGAGGAAGGAGGGACAGACGCUCCCCCAGCGGAUCAGUCGCAGAGGCAGGAAGAGGACCCAGGAGUCCUGGCUCCCAGCGCCCCCCUGCUCUGACCCACACGCAGGGCUGCCAACCAGCGCUUAGGACGAGGCUUUUCAUCUCCCCGCAAGAAGCUCGGGACUCGCUGAGUUCUGCGAAAAGCAGCAAGAAACCCCCCCUGGCGAAUGCCGCAGGGCGAUGCUGCCCAUCAAUGCCACAUCCGGGGAGGCCUCGCUGCGCCAGGCCAUGAAGGUCACCACGGCCGUGGCCUUUGGCUUCAUCUUCUUGGCAGGGGCGGUCGGGAACGGGGCGGUGCUGUGGGUCACGGGCUGGAAGCUGCGCUGGACCCCCAACACCGUGUGGUUCUUCAACCUGGCUGUGGCCGACGUGGCCUCCACCUCUCUGAUCCUGGUCACCGUCCUGUACCUGGCCCUGGAUCUGGACUGGCCCUUCGGCUCCGUGGCCUGCAAGCUGGCCAACUGCCUCUUCGGCUUGAGCCUCUGCAGCGGGGUCCUGCUGCUCAGCGCCAUCAGCGUGGACCGGUGCGUGGUGGUGGUGGCCCCGGUCUGGUGCCGCAAUCACCGCACGCCGCGGCUCAGCUGGGUGGCCUGCGCCGCUAUCUGGGCCCUGUCGCUGGCCACCUUCGUGCCCAGCUCCUUCCUCUUCUCUGAGCUCUCCUUGGAGAGGAACCGGAGCUCCUGCAGCAACCUGGACGUCUUCCAAGACUGGAGGCGCCAAGAGGCCGAGAUCUUGACCGUGUUCAUCUUCCUCUCCCAGUUCCUCCUGCCCUUGAUGGUCAUCUCCGUGUCCUACUCCAUCCUGGUGGUGGCCAUGAGGCGGAAGAGGCUGGCCAAGUCCAGCAAGCCCCUCUUGGUGGUCACCAGAGUCAUCUUCUGCUUCUUCCUCUGCUGGUCGCCCUACCAUGCCUUGGCCUUGGCCAGGAUCUCCACGACCCACAUGCCCAGCGCCGUGCGCCUGGUGGCCAUCCCUCUCUCCAAGUGCCUGGCCAUGUUCAACAGCUGCAUCAACCCCCUGCUCUACGUCUUUGCCGGGAGGGAGUUCCAGGAUGCCGUGCGGAGGCCGCUGGUGCAGGCCUUCAAGGCAGCCUUCGAGGAGGCGCCGCCAACCCAUGUGUGACGGGGGAGACGCCGUACUGCAGGGAGCCGGCGGGGGGAGCUCUCCCCUGGCAGUCAGGGCUAGCCCUGAUGCCCCAGCAUGGCACUAGGGGGCGCUGUGCUGCAGGGGGUGAGGUGGGGGCUCUCCCCUGGCAGGCAGGGCCAACCCAAUGCCA